AUGUCAAUUGAAGAAGUGCAAGGGGCUGUCGUUUCUCAACAGAAUGAACAUGGUGCGAGUGGACCUGUUCUUGCACCUGCCAUCAAUGGCAACAAUGGCAAUGUGGAGGCUGCAUUGGCAGCACCUACGAGCCAGCAGAAUCCCAAUGUUGUUAAUGGUAAUGUUGAGGAGGUAAUCGAUCUUGGUAGGCUUAAAAGUUCUGUCUGGGGUCACUAUACCUAG